AUCACUUAUCGAUUUAUAAACGAACACACCCUGAACAUAACCUUUUUGUUGACAGCGAUUCAAAAGAUGGCUGAUAUAAAUAUAGACGCAGACAAUUUCGAACCAAAUAAAGGUCCUAAAAGAAAACAUAUUAGCGAGUCUGCAAUGGAAGUCGAUGUGCAUAACGGAAUAGAAGGGAAAAGCAAAAAUACUGCACCGAACUCUAAACGAAUUAAAACUAAAUCGUUAUCAGAGAAUAAAGAGGAUAUACGUAAAAUAGCCGUUCCUGCUCAUAGAUAUUCACCAUUGAAAGAGAAUUGGUUGAAAAUAUUUACGCCGAUAGUGGAACAUCUGGAACUUCAAAUAAGAUUUAAUUUGAAGACGAGAAACGUGGAAAUUAGGACUUGUGAACAAACUAAGGACAUUAGCAAUUUACAGAAAGCUGCAGAUUUUGUAAAGGCUUUUGUGUAUGGCUUCGAGGUGGAAGACGCAUUAGCCUUAUUACGAUUAGAUGAUCUGUUUGUAGAAACUUUUGAAAUUAAAGAUGUUAAAACCUUAAAAGGGGAUCACCAGUCUAGAGCUAUAGGAAGACUUGCGGGGAAAGGAGGACGAACUAAGUUCACGAUUGAAAAUGUUACGAAAACAAGAAUUGUCUUAGCUGACAGUAAAGUACACAUUUUAGGAAGCUUCCAAAAUAUAGCUCUAGCAAGGAAAGCAAUUUGCAACUUAAUUCUUGGUUCGCCACCUUCUAAAGUCUACGGCCAAUUACGAAAUAUCGCUAGUAGAAUUUCAGAAAGAACAUGAAUUAUUUAAAUAAAUAAAAAGUAUGUACAUACAUAGA